AUGGCUCCCUUGGGUGAAGACACGCUGACGAAAGUGUCCACGAACGCGGCUACCGAGUUCGUCCAAUCUUUCUACCCCGCGCUCCAGUCCAACCGUGCCUCGAUUUCCUCGUUUUACAGCCAACCUACUUCUACCAUCAUCUUCAAUGGCAACGUUGUCGUCGACGGCAGCGCGGUCCAGGAGAUCUUCGUCAACCAGAUGCCUCCAACGCACUACGAAGUACAGUCGUUUGACUGCCAGAUCAUCAACCCGGCUUAUCCUACUCCUACGACAACCGGUGUGAAGACGCCCCAGGAGACGACUUCGAAGGACCUCUCGAUUUUGGUGGUCACCAGCGGAUUUGUGCGCUUCGGCGAAUCGAGAGAUCUUCCGCAACGCGGGUUCAGCGAGACUUUCGUGCUGGUUCCGAACCCUACGGCCGAUGCUCCCAAGGGAAAGCGCAGGAGAGAGUGGCUUAUUCAAACACAAACCUUCCGACUGGUGGUCUAA